AGUCCAACUAAAGACUUAUUGUGCUGGAAGAGUUCUUGAGUUUUCAUUUAUUGAAACAGAUGAAUUUCAUGAAUUAGACAUUAGACUAUCAAUGGAAGGCCUCAAAAUACCUUUCUUGUUUCCCUCUUUAUUUUCCAUCUUAAUUAUCUCUGACGCAGUAGACACCAUAACCAAAACCCAACCCAUUACAGGCCGCAAUACCAUUGUUUCAUCUGGUGGAAGCUUUCAGAUGGGUUUUUUUCAGCCCUGGCGAUUCCCAGAAUACAUACGUGGGAAUAUGGUACAAGAAAAUUUCUAUUAGGACCGCUGUAUGGGUUGCCAACAGAGAAAUUCGACUUGUCAAUUCGUCAAGCAUCUUAACAGUAAUCGACCCUGGAAUUCUUGCCCUUGUCAAUGGUACCGACAGUGUCAUUUGGUCUCCCAAUGUGACAGGAUCCACACAGGACCCUGUUGCACAACUUAUGAAGUCAGGAAAUCUUGUUGUGAAAGAUGCGAAUGAUAAUAAUUUGUGGCAAAGCUUUGAUUAUCCAUGUGAUACUCUUUUACCAGGCAUGAAACUUGGUAAGAACUUUGUAACGGGCCUUGAGUUUCACCUCUUUUCCUAGAAGAGCAGCGAUGAUCCAGCUCGAGGUGAGUUUACAUACCGGUGUGAUCCUCAAGGAUACCCACAAAACAUUCUGAGUAAUGGUCCUGUUGAGCUAUUUCGAACUGGGCCAUGGAAUGGUCUCAAAUUCGGUGGGAAUCCAAACCUUAAACCAAACUCCAUCUACACAUAUGGAUUGGUUUAUACCAAAGAGGAGGUGUAUUAUGGUUAUGAACUCAUCAGUUCAGUUGUUUCAAGGUUUUCUCUACAUUAUACUGGUGUUAUGCAACGCUUUACAUGGAUUGAUCGAACGCAGGAAUGGGUCCUUUACCUGACUGCACCAAUCGAUAACUGUGAUAAUUAUAAUCUAUGUGGUCCAAAUGGUAAAUGUAAUGUUGAAAACUCGCCAGUAUGUGGCUGUUUGAAUAAAUUUGUGCCCCAAAACCAAAUAGAAUGGGGAAAUGGAGAUUGGUCUAGUGGGUGUGUUCGGAGGACAACAUUGGAUUACCAUAAUGGAGAUGGGUUUCUGAAGUAUUCACAAUAUAAGAUGCCAGACACACAGAACUCCUGGUUUGACAAGAGCAUGACCCUAAGGGAAUGUGAGAUGAUGUGCUUGAAAAACUGCUCUUGUAUGGCUUACGCAAAUUUAGAUAUAACAGGAGGUGGAAGUGGUUACUUGCUUUGGUUUUAGGAGUUGAUUGAUAUGAAAGAGUACAGUGAAAAUGGGCAAGAUAUUUACAUAAGGAUGGCUUCCUCUGAGAUGGGUAUGAAUUCAUACCAAACACAGAUUAAUUAGAUUAUAUUAUACAUAUGUAAUAAUCAUGGUUAAAUAUGUUGAACACUUACAUUUCUUCCUCAAAAAAUUCCUCUAUAUUAAUUUCUACAUCUAACUACAGUUUAGCAAAAAGAAGUGUCCAUUAUGGUUUUUAUCUUGGACUUUGAUUUCUGUUGUCGAUGUGUCUCGAAUUCAAUCCAAAUGAUGCUUAUUACCCAUCCUCAGCCUGCAUGGAUCGAUCUUAUAGGUCCAACUUGCUAUUUGUAUUUGUGUCUAUUUUGACGUGAUUGGAUUAUUUCAAGGUUCUAGGAUUAUCUUGUGAACUUCUGUAAGAGAAAGAGAGAGAGAGAGAGAGAGAGAGAGAGACUUUACAUUGAAUGUAAAACUCCUCCGUCAUUUUUCGCCCGUAGACAAGCUUAUAGGCGAACUAUGUAAAUCUUUGUGUGGUUAUGUUUUUGUACUUUACAUUGAAGGUAAAACUGCUCUGUCAUUUUUCGCCCAUAGACAGGUUUAUAGGUGAACUACGUAAAUCCUUGUGUGGUUAUGUUUUUGUUCUGUUUUAACUUUUCUCAUCACCUUUUCCAUAACAACUUCAAUAUAUAGGAAAUGUUCAAAGGUUUGGAAUCUAAAGUCUAGUUUCAUAGGGAAAAAAAAAAUUCAUUUAAGUUUAUUCUUUCAUGGUUGUAUUAUCUAACUGACUGGACCAUUUCUGUUAAUGGAUUGAUGAUUCAAACAAGUUGGCAUCAAAGGCAAGAAAAGGGAGAUAGUGGCAGUGACAUUGGCAUUGUUAAUUGGACUUCUUCUGCUAGGCAUUAGAGUAACCUUGUAUCUCCAAAAAAAGAAAAGGAAGAAUUCACAGCUGAACAAAAAAGGAAAUCCGAUGAACAACCUUGAACAAGGUUGCACUGACAAAAGCUAGAAGGAAGAUCUAGAGUUGCCAUUGUUUAACUUAGCUGUAAUAGCUAAUUCCACAAGUGACUUUUCAAUCAACAGUAAGCUUGGAAAGGGUGGUUUCGGACCUGUUUACAAGGGUAUGUUGGAAGGAGGACAAAAAAUAGCUGUGAAGCGGCUAUCAAAGAAUUCUAACCAAGGACUUGACGAGUUGAAGAAUGAAGUUAUUUGUAUUGCCAAACUUCAGCACUGAAAUCUGGUGAAGCUUCUAGGAUGCUGCAUUCAAGGAGAAGAAAAGAUGUUGAUCUAUGAAUACAUGUCCAACAAAAGCUUGGACUACUUUAUUUUCGGAGCAUGGACUAAAUCAGACAAAAUUUGGACAAAUCAAACCCGAAGCACAUUAUUGGAUUGGCCAAAGCACUUCCAUAUUAUUAAUGGGAUUUCCCGGGGCCUUUUUUAUCUUCAUCAAGAUUCCAGGCAGAGAAUUAUUCACAGAGAUCUCAAAGCAAGCAAUAUUUUGCUAGAUAUUGACAUGAACCCAAAAAUAUCAGACUUUGGAAUAGCUAGAAGUUUUUGGAGAAAUGAGACAAAAGCAAAUACAAACAAAGUGGUUGGAACAUACGGCUACAUGUCUCCAGAGUAUGCAGUGGAUGGGUUGUUUUCAGUAAAAUCAAAUGUAUUCAGCUUUGGUGUUUUGGUGCUAAAGAUCGUAAGUGGGAAGAAAAACAGAGGUUUCUAUCAUCCAGAUCACCACGUCAACCUUUUUGGCCAUGCAUGGAGACUCUACAAAGAAGGUAGGUCAUUGGAAUUGAUUGAUGAGGCUCUGUGGGACUCAUGCUACCUAAGUGAAGUGUUGCGAUCAAUCCAUGCCGGUCUUUUAUGUGUGCAACAAUCUCCAAAGGAUAGACCAAGCAUGUCAUCUGUGGUUCUGAUGUUGGGUGGUGAAGGUACAUUACCUUAGGCCAAACAACCUGGCUUCUUCACCGUGAAGAAUGUUCUUGAGGCUGCUGGUUCAUCAAGCAAGGAAGCAACAGGUUCAGUCAACGAAAUCACCAUUUCUCUGUUGAAUGCUCGAUAGAAACACACACUCUAUUAAUGCAAAUUAUAUGCCCCACAACCUGUUUUAAAAAAAUGAAAAUCUUCACCGUUGUAAAAGACUAGAGCAUUUCUUUUCAUCUACUGGGUUAAGUUUUAUAACCCAGCUCCUUUUUUUGGAGUUCAGGUUCUUUUAGUUAAAUUUGAUACCAUGUACAAAUUGAAAGCUUAAUAAAUGUUUCUUGUUACAACAUGUUCAUAUGCACAUAAUUAAAUUAGAGAAGCAUGAAGAAUAUACAUAUAUAUUGACAUG